AACUUUUUUUUUAUACAUAUACAUAUGCUAAAUUAAUUUUUAUUGGAAUGGAAAUGUGUUUAGUUCAUCAUAAUUGAAGUGUAGCAAAAAGUGAAAAAGUGCUCCGAAAGGCAGGAAAUUUAUUUAAUUUAUACACUUAUUUUAAUUAUUGUUAUAAUAACAUUUUAAGCAACGUAAAUAUAAUAAAAUCUAUGGGAUUACUUUUGAAGUGAACCUUUGAAAUUUCAAUGAAAUAACUUCUUAAUUAUAAAAGACGACCUUGCUGACAAAAAACGAUUCAAUUUUGCGGAUUACGAGAAGGUAAAUAGUAAAUAAAUGGACUGAUGGACGUAGCUAAGUGGUUUUAAAGUUUUACAAUUGCAUAAGCACAAAUAUACGUCAUGAGAUCGCUGACACAUAAUCUUGAAUAAGAUAUUUCACCAUACGUUUGCGUGUCGAAAAGCUCCGCUAUGACACAAGAAGCAAUGCAGCCACAGCAUUACUCACAACAUGAUAAUGGUGUUCAUGUCGCUGUUAGUACCAUCAAUUUAGCCGAUAUUGAGGCCAAAUUAAGAGAUGCACCCGAUAAGUAUCUCUAUUAUAUAGCAGAGUUUUUGGCUGGUCAUAUUAACGAAACGAAAGAUAUUGUUGCUCAGUUUAAUGGUCCAAUACUAAAGGCUAGCAUUCAAUCGAUUUUUUGGAUAUUCCUCUUACAAUAUGCAAUAUUGGCCAUGUUGGGUAUUGGUAUGAAUGUUGCCAUUAUUGGUUGUUGUUUGUAUCACCGUUUUUAUCGGGACGUGACACAAGUAUUUUUAAUGAAUUUGGCGUUAUGCCACUUCGUACAGUGUGCUGUCGUGUUGCCCAUCACGCUGAUGGUGAUGAUAAUACAAAAUUGGAUUUUUGGGCAAUUUUUAUGCUUCUUUUUGCCCAUGCUUCAGGAUAUACCACUGCAUGUGGCCAUAAUAACGCACAUACUUAUUGCCUGGGAUCGUAUGCGUUGGCUCAGUGAUCCAAUCAAAUGUCGUUUUCCAGCUUUUGUGUGCUCCUGUGCGACGUGGUUAACGGGAAUGAUAAUUGCAUUGCCAUAUCCCAUCUAUACCAUUUAUCUGGAAAUGGGGGAGUUUGUACCGAGUUUACAUGGUGUUGGAUUGUGCAUUCUUAAUUUAAUGGACGAUAUGCACGAAUACAUGCGCGGUUUAUUUUUCUUAAUGUAUUGCGCACCGACCGUAUUGUUGGCUUACAUUUACAUACGAACUUCACAAGAACUACGACCACCUCAUGGUCCUUUAUCUGAAUAUCGUGCGGUUGUUCGAAUGCGUCAACGCAAUUCAUCUGCUUCUUCUGUGGAACGUUCUUACAGUAACGCCACUACAGCUACUGUGGGCGGCGGUGCUAUAGCUGGUGCUGGUGGUGGUGCUGACGCUGGCGAUGGCGUUGGUGCUGGUGUUGGUAUCGGCCGUCGCUAUACUUAUUCUACUGGUACAGCCACACGGUCUUAUGAUUUAUAUCAUGCUGAAUUAGAUGUCUAUCAUGAAAAACGUAAUCAACGCAAUUUUGGUAGCAUGGCCGCUGCUCAAGUUAUGUGUGUUUGCCCCCUAAUGAUUUUACGUUUCGCUCGUCUCUCUAUAGAAGAAACUUACGAAAAUCAAAAACAUUUCGAUUUUAUCUAUUUAAUGUUUGUAUGGAUUGCAUUCUUGCCAACCAUUAUAUUCCCGUUUAUUUACGCAACCCAACUCUUACCCAGAACGGAACAACAACAUAUUUGCGGUUACUUUCGUUUGUUAACAAAACACUUCCUUAAAAAAAGUAAUAAAACUUUGGUAGAUGUUAAUACAGCUAACUCCCGUGAAAAUUCCUUUGAGAAGGAUGAAAGCACUAAUUUAUCACAACGAACAUGCAUCGUACUUAAUGGUGAUGGUUAUAUGGGCGCAACGGUUGGUGAUGCUAGUGAUGGAAGGGUAUUGAAAAACAAAUUAAGUGAAUCAAAACUCAUAAAAUGUCAACGACGUAGCGAUGUCAAAAAUGUAAAUAACGGAAGCAAAGAAAGUCUUUCAAGACAAAGCUACGAAGACGUGAAGAAUGUUACUGCGCAUAUCAAAAGUAAUUUUGCGAACAAAACACAGCUUUCCCAACAUUCAAAUGAAGUCAAAAUUAAUAUAAUUUCCGAUGUGGUCAGCAAGUCAUCGGCUAUGCAACGUCGUAACAAAACUAACACUAGUCGUUGUUCAGAUGGUGUAGCAGUUAAGCAACGUAAACUGGAAACUUUGGACAACGGUUCUAAUAUGACCUCAUCAACUUAUUGCAACGGUAAUGGCAGCUUGGUUAAUAAUUUUGAUUCCAACCACUUUGGCGAUAGUGAAAAUUCAUCUAUGGUUAACGGCAUGGUUGUGCAGAUUGGAAGUGAAGUUGGUAGUAUUGGUUUGCCUCCCUAUCAUGAAAGCAAAAUUCCUUGUUACGCAGACGUGCUUAAAACGCCUAAUUUAUCUGCAAGUGAUAUUAGCUAUAAUCUAUCGCAUAUGAAUUCAUCCAGCACUAUUGAAAAUGACCUAGACACUAUUAAUCUUCUAGAACGCGAACGCAAUAGAAUGGGCGUGCAGGAACUCUUGGAAAGGGAAGGCAAUGCUAUACGUGAACGAAGACGUUUACCGGAUAUAGACAAAUUGUGCCAACGUUCACCGAAAUUUAGAUCACUAGAGGCAUCAACUAUUACUUUAUCGGCCAAUAUGCCCGUCUUUAAUGACCCUUUACAAACGAGUAGUGAGACCCUUGGUACCAGUUCCACAAUAAGUGGAGAAACAUCUUCAGUGACCUCGCACGUAAUUCCAUUAGAUAGUGAUAAGUUCGACCUCUACUCCCGCUCGGCUAUUAUCAAUGAGCACACUUUAGAUGAAGGGAUAUCUUGUGAUUUUCAGGACAAUUAUAAUCCAGGUGAUGCUAAACAUGCGCUACCUGAUUCAGCUCUUCCUGUGAGUUCACCCGUACAAUAUCAGUAUACGAGACGCUUAAGCAGAAAAACGUCGCACCAUCACCAACAUCUUAGUGCUAAUAUAUCGUCACAUCGUUUAUCUAAACGUGAUAGCUUUCAUUCAAUUCAUAACAAUGAUUUAAUCGCGGGAGCUUUUGGUGAAAUAGAUCCCACUCAACCCUUAAAUAAGAUGUCUAUAAUUGACAAUCGAAUGUUAAUGCGCCGCAACAGUGGAACUGGGGGCGUUGGUGGGGGAAGUGGAGGUAGUAGUAGAACUUCAGGAUUUUCGUCGCCAAAUCGCAGUUCCAUGAAAUCACGUGAUUACAGUCAUGGCUCAACCCAUUCACCGCAACCGGAAUUAGACUUUAGAGAGAAUAUAUUCGCAGAAUUGUAAAAACAUUGAAAAUUUACAAUCAGUUUGAAAUUUUGCUAAUGAAAAGUUAACAAUUUGGCCACUUGUCCACACAAGCAUUUAACAAUUCGGUGAAAUACAAAUAUACAAUAAAUGUGAGCAUUUUUUAUAUAAAUACAACUUAAUUUUAUUUUAUAGACGUGAUUCCGACUCAUUUUCUGAUAGUUAUGUAGAAUUGACUCCCAGAAAUCCAACUUCGAAUGCAAUGGUUCUAUCGACUACCUAUGGUUCAACAUCAUCAAUUCAAAUAUUCCAGGCUUAUAACAAAACAAGACUCAGAGGUCGAAAGAAUUUCACUGUUAUCUAAAAAGAACAUUUUACGAACUGUUGAUUAGUUGUUAAAAAAAGUUCUUGCCAUUGUUAAUUAACGUAAAUAGAAAAACUGAUUGAGUUGUAUCUAACUAGCCUGGUAUUUAUUCCUUUACCAAUUACCGUUUGAUGGUUCACACUUUAUAAAGAACAUAUUGACCACAUAUCGAGAAGAUUCUAAAGUGUAUUAACAGCAUUCCGAUCAAGACUGGGCUUCCGAAAUUGUAUUGGUAUUUCAGUGAUAGUCCAUUUAAUUCUAAUGUUAAUGUACAAAAGCCAAGUAAAAAGUGCAUUUUUUAAUGAAGAACAUGUGUAAAGUUUUAUAUUAAAAACGCCUUUCACCAAGCUCUACUUUCAAUAAUUUGAUGCUUUUUGGUGUGUGCCAUGUAGUCAGAAAAAAUAGCCGAGCAACUUGGCACGGUAUUGCGACCGUCUUUCACAUUCAUAGUGUACCACGUACACUAAUGUCAGGAAACUUUAAUACAAGGCUUUCACCACUUGAUAUUGAAAAAAAAGGGGAGCAAGUGUCACAAGAUAAUAAAGGCCAUGCGUGCAUAUGAAAUACUCUUGUAUGUUGUAAGCUGCAGGACGUAUCCGAACUUUUGCGAUUUUGGGAAAAGCAACAAAUUUUUUUAACUGGAUAUCUGAUACGAUUCUUGAGGUAGACAGAAACAGAAAUCUAGUUGUAUUGAGAUUGAAAGACCCACAUUGGGCUAAAAUGUAAACAUCUUUAGGACGGAUUUCUAAAGUAUUUAAACAAAGUUGCUACACUCCGAUGUUGUAUGUACCAAUAAAUUUUUAAUUAUUAGUAAGAAAAUAAAAAAUAGCGAAGAAUGUAUAGUAAUAGGGAUACGUUUAAAUAAAGAAAUUCGCUUUAACAUAAGGUACGUUAGAGCAGAUGUCACGAUUUUUAUUUUUUUAACUAUUAAAGAUAACUUUUAUAGAUACGACACGCAUAAAAUACGUAAGUGAUAAUACCAACAAAGCACAUGUGCUUUUAUGGCAUAACAAAAUUUUAUGACCACUAUUAUGCGUUGUCGAUGUUUUACUUUGUAAUAAAUGUACUUUAGUGUUGAUUCUUAACAAUAAAAACAAAGUAUUUUGCUUUAAAAUUUUUUAUAAGGAAUAAGAGAAAACAACUUUCGAAUUCUU